AUGCACGCCCAGGUCACUGUUAUGCAUGCCCAAGUCACUGCUUUGCACGAGUCAUCUCUCAAAGUAGCAGUCGAUGCUGCAACUAUGGCUGCUAAAGCGGAGGCUACUGCCGCUGCUUCCGAAAAAUCAAUGCAAGCUUCUCUCAAGGCAGCAGCCGACGCUGCUACUGUGGUUACUAAAGCAGGGGCUGCCGCUACUUCCGAUAAGUCAAUGCAAGCCACUUGCACCAAGGCUUCCAUCCUCACUCGUGGUGCAGAGCCCCAAGCUUCAUAUUUCUCGCAAUCGGAUGCAGUCGCGACGGAUGCGCUACGUACGAAUCCUGCCAGCUCAGCCGCGACGCGUCAAGUUGCAACUGCUACUAGUGCAGCAUCAGUAUCACGUGGGAUCCUCAGCAUGAGGUCCAGGGUUGUCAGAGCUGCACCGCGUGGCGGACUUUCUAUUACUCCUGGUCGGGGCGGCACUCCAUCCCAUGCUCAGGGUACAACUACCUCCGGUGCAGGGGUGUCUAACUUUGGUACUAUUAGCAAGCGGAGUCGAGAAGAAGUGCCAGAGGCUGAGGUUGAGGAUGAUUCUUUGGUGAAGUGGCUGACCACAUCGAAAUCGCC